AGAGACCGAUGCAGUCAGUUGGUUCUGUCAAACUCUCCAAGCGUUAAUAAGGAUAAGACCUAACUACUGUCUACCACUCUGCAUCUACAAGAGACUGAGAUACGGUUUUAUAAGCCUCACAUACGGGUUCUGCGCUACACUUGACACCCUAAAACCCUACAUCCUUCCCUACACCCUACACCCUCAGGCCUCCACCCUCCUCCCGUCCCUAUCCUGCAUCCCUCUUGUCUGUCCGACUGGGUGUCCCUCUGUAGUGAGUCAUGAAGUGGCCUCUGUGGAGCCUGCUGCUGCUGCUGUGCCGGUGUACCCCAGGACAGAGUGGCUGCCAAGGGGACUGCCUGGCCUGUGGCCUCCUACUAUCCAACCCCCAGAGCCAGCAGCAAGCGUUCAAUACACUGGUGUGUCUGUUGGAGUGUGACGGUCACGUCUCCCCUGCCCUCACCUGGGAUCUGUGUCAGAGAGCCAUGCUACCGCACUACCCCCUCCCACCAGACGAUGGCGCUGUGUCUAAGAGAGCAGAGGAAAAACUGUCCUUAAACCAUGACCCCGUUGACCUGGAGUCAGAUGGAAAAAUGCUCUACUCUGCAGCCAUGGGGCUCUACCAGCAGGAUGGAGCGGACCAGGAAGACGAGGCCCUGGUGCGACGUGAUUCCCAGUACGACUCCUCUCCGCUGGGCUUGACCGCCGAAGGAGACUCGCUGGCGCUGGGUAUGGAGAGCAGGGAGGAGGAGGAGGAGGUCAGGAGGAGGAGGAGCGGCCAGGGGGAGGAAGGAGACUCGCUGGCGUUGGGUAUGGAGAGCAGGGAGGAGGAGGAGGAGGUCAGAAGGAGGAGGAGCGGCCAGGGGGAGGAAGGAGAUGAGGAGGAUGCCGUGGUCCAGCUGACCAAGCGUUUCGGGGGCUUCCUGAAAGGUCGUCACAGUUACAGGAAGUUGAUUGGCGGCCCGGAGAGGAAGUCGCUACAGAAACGCCUCGGAGGGUUCAUCGGGAUCAGGAAGUCGGCCAGGAAGUGGAACAACCAGAAGAGAGUGAGCCAGCUCCUCCGGCAGUACCUGGGGAUGACCGGCAGCAGAAACCCUGGUCGCGGUGUUGGGAGGUUCACUAACCCAGCCCAGGGCCUCAGGAGGCUACCCAGCCGGCUGUAGCCUUCCCUUCAUCCCCUGGGUCCUCUCUGCUCUUCUCGUGUCCCGUGCCUCCACUCACUUGGAUCUGCUCUUCUCUUCUCCCGUGCCUCCACCCUCCCAGGUACCUCCUAUAGAAAUAGAAUUACUAUAGUUUACUACUUGCAUACUAUUAUGUUGGUAUUCCAUCCCCAUUGUUACCAACAACGUGUACAGCUACAGCUACGGGUACUGUGAACUCCCUCAUUCCUCAUCGGCCUUAUGAAGAAGAGUAAUGACAUCAUCAUUCUGAAACCCAUCCAGUGUCGUGUGAAGAAUAGUAAGGAAUGUUUCCUUCCGACCAUCAACGUUGCUCCCACCCUACCGCCCCCCCCCCAGUUAAUGAAUAAAAAGUGCAAUGUAAUAUUGUGUGUCGGUAUUGUAAGGCCGUACUUCAUGAUACCAUAUCCUGGAUAUAGUACCACCACAUGUUAUGGUGAUGAUUGGGUGUUCAUGACGUAUGUACGCACUUGAUCUUUUUUUUCAUUUAAAUCGAGUGAGGGUUGCAGUUGCUAUUUGCACUGGUCUCUGGGUAAUUCUACAACUGGUGGUUCUGCAUCUUCGCUAUUCUGAGUGCAUUCUGAAAGUUUUCAGAGCCCUUGACUGUUACGCCC